AUGCUGGCAUCGCCCUCCGGCAUCGACUAUCUGACCGUCCCUUCGGCCGACGACGCUCGCAAAAUGUCCACGGAGAGCAGGCUGGGGAAUGCAUCUGCCAUGCCCUUCUGUGACACGGCACUGGCCGAUUCACUCGCUCACCCCUCCUCGUCCACCUACGCGUACACGACGAACGGACAGGCCGUGGUCCCGCCGAUGCAAUGUCACAGCGAGAAGAGAGGGUGGCGGGGCCAGGUUGCGCUGUCCUUGUCUCAUGCGUGCAUCACCGCGUCCUUGUCUCCUUUUGGAUGGCAACCGGACGAGUUGCUCGAGAUUCGGUUCAGGACCCUCGCCCUACAAGAAUCCAAGAACCUGGCACCUGGGACGAUCGAUGCUACUGCACCUGAUGCAAACUGA